AUGCACCUACAUCACCUCUACCGCCGUCUCCGAAACUGGAUCUCCAGUAAACAACAUCUACAUGGAUCACGCAGCAGUCAAGGUGGGUAUUAUGCCAUUCUAACGCCUAGACAUAAGCACGAGCCUGGUCUCAAUUCGCUGGAGUAUGGAGAUGAGAUGGAUGGUUUCAAGCCAAGGAGGGAGGUCGAAAGUGAAGCGUUGGAAGAAGCACAUGGUAAUGGCGAGACUGUCAAGAUUUUACUAAAUGGGGAGACGAUUAGUAAGGGUUGUGAAGAGGAGGAGGAAGGGUUGCAUAGAGUUGGGAAGCAUUAA